AUGCCCCUCAAUCUAAGCUACGAAGAAAUAUGCACCAAAUUCGACCGCCUCAUCUCCAAUGGCAUCAUAACAUACCAACCCAGCAAACCAAUCCUCGUCACAGAUAACGGGAUGAUCUUCUCUUUCCACUUUGUUGAGUCACUCAAAACCAAACCCCAAGCUGAAGAUGCCCCCGAGACCACAAAGUCAAGCGUGAUCAAUGGUGUCGCCUCUCAGCCAAUAUCCUUCGGCCCAGGGAGCGACAUUGCAAACGACCACCCAGAUGUCUGUAUCACGACGGUCAAUGAGACGCAUUACCUGGUCAUGAAUAAAUUUCCCGUCUUCAGACCCAUGUUGCUGUUAUUAACGGUUGAUUCGUACCGUCGACAGGACGAGCCUCUCGAGCUUGAUGACUUGGAGGCUGGGUGGAGUGCGAUUUGCGGGCUGAAGGAAGAGCAUUAUGUUUUCUUCAAUUGCGGGCUUUUGGCGGGUUCAAGUAGGGAGCAUAAGCACUUACAGGUUAUUCCGGCACCAGGGAGACAUGAAGGGUAUGAUGAAGGUUUCAAGUUCUUUUUGGAUGAUCCUGAACAGAGGGAGCCUGGGUUCUUGCAUUAUGUGCAGAGGUUCGAGGAGUUACCCGAGAAUCGGGUGAAGGAUGGGCAACAGCUGCUAGAAAUUUAUCAGAAGCUACUGCAACAGGCAAGAGAGGCGCUCAACUUGUCGACUGAUGUCGCUUGUCCUCACAAUUUUGUUAUCACGCAGAGGUGGAUGGUGGUUAUUCCACGGAGGGCCAAGGAGUUCCAUGGAAUUACGGCGAACUCGGCUGGGAUGAUGGGUUCAAUUGCUAUCUGGACUGAGGAGCAAUUGAAUUCAUGGAAGGAAAUUGGGCCCAUGAAUGUUUUGAGGGGGCUUGGGCUGCCACGGGGAGAGUGA